CCUGAGUUCCUGUUGUGGUUUUAAAUUUUAAUACUAGUCAGUUGUGUUAUGCAUAUGCAAUCAUUCCUGCGUUGCCAAGGUCUUGAAAGUCACGAUAGUAGCGCCGUGGCGCAGAAUGGUAAAUUAAAUCAGGGUGCCAUUUUUUAAGAGGCAAAAUGCGAACAGAAAAUUUGUAAUCCACAUUCCACACGAUAUGGGAAAUGGAGCAGCAGUGCCGUCCAAAGAUGCGCGCCAAAUUGCGCCAGGUGAAAAUGAUCAUACAACUUUGGGUACAAAAGGGCAAACCAUCGGUGGGCUUGCUCGGUUAGCAGAAGCAAAAAGUAAAUUCAUCAACACAAAGGGGAGAAGGGAAGCUUUGAAGGCCUCAAAACGGAUUAAAGGUACAAAUUUCAUCAAAGAACUAUACCAUAGAUUGGAUCCAAAUAUUGCCUUGCCUAAUGCUGUGGAUGUCACAGGAGAAAUUCAGUUGGCAUUCAAAUAUGAUAGAGAAGAAAGAUUUUUGCUGUUGAAAGUAAUUAAAGCAAGAGAGUUGGUACCACGCAAUGUCAUUGGUUACUCUGAUCCAUAUGCUAUUAUAAAAAUUGUUCCUGAUAGAUACAAUGAAGGAGUUAAGAAGACCAGAAAAAAGUUAAGAACUCUUAAUCCUAUCUUUCAAGAGAUAUUUUCUUUCACGUUGGAAGAAGAGGAUAUUUUCGAUACGAAAGUGUGUGUUGAUCUGUAUGAUCACGAUGUAGUUGGUACGGAUGAUUUCAUGGGGCAAGCUGUUGUUGAUAUAUCACACAUGAAUUUGUCUAAUGAAUUGACACACAGCGAGUGGUUUAUGCUCCAGCAACAGACUGAUUUCUCUGUAACUGGUGAAGUUGAGGUUUCUCUGUACCAAGAACUUGAUUCUCUUUUCGUAACAAUUCAUAAAGCAAAGGAUCUCUUGUUUUGUGAAUGCAAUGAAUGUGGCACAUACAUAUCAAUUCACAUCCCAUUCACAAACCAAAGCAGGAAUACAGAGAUUAUCAAUAGUUGUGUCGAUCCUGAAUUUGAAGAGACAUUUGAAUUUGAUGUAUCGAUUGACGAUCUCUCGCACAGAACAAUUAUUAUGCACAUUUACCGAGUAACUGACGGCGAAGAGAGACAUAUCGGAAAUGUAAACAUAAAUCUCAAAAGACACUGUUCAGGUCAACGUUCAAGAAAUUGGUAUCGUGUUGUUGAUAUGAGGAACACGGCGCGGGAACGAACGAGACUAGGAGAAAGUGUCGUUGCACAAGAAUUUCGUGAAGCAAUGUUUGCUCAUACAUUAUAUCAUUGCCCUUUCUUCAUGUUUCGUGAUAUUAACACCGGAAAAAAGGUUUACUCUGUGAUGUGCCGUCAAGCUUCGUCUUCUUCGAAAAUGGUUCUGGUAAAUGGUACACCACUUCGCUAAUCUAAUUUAUAUUCCUAUUAGCGGCUAUGCAAAUGCUCUAUAUAAGUGUGAAUAAGUUAUAUAAUAUAGCAUUACUUAUAUGUAUGGAUAUGUAAUGUUUGAAUAAAA